AUGCACGUCUCGGUGCCAGGCCUCCACCUUCUGAGCCUCCUCGGCCUCCUCAGCCUCCUCUCCGCUGAUGCCUCUACCAACUUCGAGCACGACCAGCAUCCUUCGAGCUGUGCGCCAGCCACAUCCUGCCCUGACUACACAGCAGCCAAGAAGGAAUGCCAAUCUGUGCAUGACAGCAUCACGACCAAAGGAUCAGACCUUGCAAGUGUAUGCCAGGCGGCAGCGAGCUGCAGCUCGAGGUUUCAGAGCCUGUACAAUCAGUAUAAGAGCACUGCUGGUUGCUCCGACCCGACUUCCUCUGAGGGUGUGUCAAACAUGUUGUUCGAUCUCGGGUUUGGAUGUUUAGAGUCUUGUACUUCAACAUGCUACGCUCGGAGUGCGGUGCUGUGGUAG